AUGAAUCAACAGGAAGGGAAGCAACUGCCCACUUUUUCCGCGAACCCACUGUUCGGUCCAUCGAGUCCGUGCAAAUGCAACAACGGAUUGUGCAGCUGUUGCCUCGGCAUGUUCAGCAUGAACGGAUGCGCCAACAUCACCUACAUUCCGGAAGACUUUGCGUUUGAGUUUCGCAUGAUCUUCAACAACCGCGUGAUGACGAAGCGCCGGAUCAGUGGCAAAAAUCCGGCGCCGAUCUGUGUGCAUCCACCACGGUUCGAUUUCAUCGAGGUGUGCGCCAACAUCUACGAUGUCUACUUCGUCGGUCGGAACAUGCACAUGUGUAUGGAAAUGAAUGGCAAUUUCGAGGGAUAUGAACUGUUCUCGCGCUCCUUCAACUGUCUACGGAUAGGUGAUAAGGGAGUGAAGUUCAUGAAGCCAGGCGAGACGAUCGGUGGUUCAGUGAAUCCUUCGCUCGAGGCAGAGAUCGACUCCGGGGACGAUAUCGAGGACUACGAUGAAGCGGUUGUAUGAAAAGAGGUUCA